AUGAGUGAUCGUUUAGAUGAGGUUCCUGAAAUGGAGAAUAUGGACGAUACUAUUUCACCAAAAAGAAUAAAUGUACCAGGAAAUGACUUAACAAUGAAAAACCCAGAUAUGCAGUACAAGAUAAUGAUGGCUGAAAUUUCGAAAACAUUGGGCAUUGGCUUGAAUUCAGUGCGUAAAAUCAUUUCUGAAUAUAAGACUACCGGAAGUGUCAAAUCUCCUGAUAAGAAACGCAGUAAGAAGUGCCUGUUCGAAAAGAUUGACGAUUUAGAUCGAAAUGCGUUACGUCAAAAGGUACAUAGUUUUUGGUUAAGAAAAGAAUUACCUACGAUCGACAAAAUUUUGGAAGCAGUGAAUGACGAUCCAGCGCUUCCCAAUUACAAACGUACCACGUUGUAUACAAUUAUAAAAAAAUUAGACUUCGUCUUCACUAAAAGGAAGAGAUGCAGCGUUUUAACAGAGAGGGAAGACUUGCUUGUUUGGCGUCAAAACUACAUCUACGACAUUCGUAAAUACCGAGAAGAAGGUCGCACGGUAUACUACCUUGACGAAACCUGGGUAAAUGCAGGUGAUUGUGUUGAGAAAUUAUGGGUCGACAAAACCAUUCAGUCAAAACAUGAUGCGUUCAACAGAGGUCUGACAACUGGUGCGACGAACCCGACAGGUACGGGUAAACGAUUGAUUGUGUUGCACAUUGGGUCGCAUAAAGGCUUUUUAGAAGGUGGCCUUUUAUGUUUUCUGUCGAAGAAAAAUAGUGGCGAUUAUCAUGAUGAAAUGAAUGGUGACCAUUUUCAUGAAUGGUUUCAGUCAAUAAUUCCUCGUCUCGAACAAAACUCGGUCAUUGUGAUGGACAACGCCCCAUACCAUUCAGUAAAGACUGAAAAAAUACCGACAUCUUCAUCAAAAAAGGACGACAUUUUAUUGUGGUUGAAAUCAAAAGGUGUUGUUAUUGAUAGGCCAAUGUUUAAACCACAAUUGCUCACAAAGGUCAGAGAAAUAAAAUCCAAGUAUACGUCAUAUGUUGUCGACAACAUGGCAAAAGACGCCGGGCACACAGUAUUAAGAUUACCACCUUACCACUGUGAGCUAAACCCAAUUGAAUUAGCAUGGGCAAUGGUGAAAACCUAUGUUAAACAAAAUAAUAAGACAUUCAAAAUUGAUGACGUUAGAGUUCUCUUAAACACUGCAAUUGAACGUGUUACCAGUGAAAACUGGCAAAAUUUCAUUCAACACGUGAUAAAGGAGGAGGAGAAAAUGACCGAAGUCGACCGAAAUAUGGACGAAAUUAUUGACAACUUGGAACCCUGCGUACUCACAAUAACAGGCGAGACUUCCGAUUCUUCCGAUUUUUAA